CCGUCCCGCAAGCCUCGCUCGCCCUGAUCCGAUCCCCAAAUCCCUCUUCGCCGUCGACGCCCCGAAUCUCAGCUCCGGUGAGGCCGACCCAUUAGCAGGGCGUGACCUCGGCGCGCCCGCCCUCCCUCCCGCCCGCCGCUCCCUCCUCUCCGCCCGCCGUCGUCCCGGUCGCCGGAACCCGACAAGUUGGAUAUCUAGGAGGCACCGCAGCGUUGCGGCGCCCACCGCGCGGACACCAUGUCUGCGGCGCCAGCCGCGUACCCCACCACCAGCCUCCGCGCCGUCGCGUCCGGGAACUCCUUCUUCCCCUGCUCGCACCGCCUCAAGCUUUCCUCCUCGCAUCGUUUUAGUAGUAGUAGUAUUGGCAAUCGUAGUAAUUGCCUCUGACGUUUGCCUCCCCCUCGUCGCCCACGACCUUCGGUUCGAUCCGCUCCUUGUGCUCGUCCUGAGGAUUGUCCGGUUGUGAGGGCUAGGUGCUACAUCUCUGCCUUCUGCGUUUGCGCGGGUUUGGUGUCUGUGUUCGAUUUCGAUCAGCAGGUCCGAUCGAAAGAGAUUUGGUCUGUUGGAGGUGGUGAUUGCUGUCUCUCCAAGGAAAGAGGAAGUUGUCUUCUGAACUUCGGAUUUAGCUUGUGGAUGGGCGGACCUUUGGUAGACUGCAGUGCCGAAGGUGUGAGCAGCAGCUCAUGUCUCAGCCGCAGCACCUGCGAAAAAGCAGGUUUUGAGCACAGCUCUUGUGCUCUACCUGAAGAUGAAAAGUCUGAAGCUGGAAUAGCAUCUGUGAAAGAUGAUUUGGUUGUCAAGGAAAUCAGUUUGGCUCUUGCUGAGGUGAUGCGUGUCUAUAAUGACAAUGAUGAUGAAGAGACAGAUCUGAGUGAAGACUCUGACGAAAAUGGGGAUUCACUUUCUGUAGAAUCAGAUUCGGCUGAUGAUUUGGUUGAUAUUGACACUGAGGUGGUCACAUCGUCAGCCUUAACUGCCGGGAAUGCGUCUAAAUCAUCAACUGGAAAUUCAGAGAUUGGAAAUUCCUCAACCAAUGGGACUGAACUGUUGGUUUCUGCAAUGAAAGGAAGCCGUGCAAAGCGGGGAAUUGUGACAAAGUUGAGUGUUUCAUGGGCCCCUGACGUAUAUGAUCCUCCUGUUACUUCUGACUCACACACAGUGAAGCCGCACCAGAGAAGUUCAAGGAAGAGCCACUACAAAUACAAGCCCCCAAAGGGCAGCAGCAGCAGCAGCCGCACUAGCAGUGGCAGCAAAAAGGACAAGAAGCAUUCUCACCACAGCAGCAGCAGCAGCAGUAAAAGAGAUAAGAAACCUUCCCACCGCAGUAGCAAUGGUGGCAGCAGCAGAACUGACACUAGUGAUCCUCACCAUCGGAAGGCAUAUGGCAGCAGCAUUACCAGCAGAACUGAUACUAGUGUUCCUGAAUAUCAUAAGUUAUCGCCGUGGCAGCCACCGGCUAGUGCCGCAGUGGAAGAAGCCAUGCCCCCUGUACCUGUUCUGAAGGCCAUGGAACAGAUCAAGCGUAGCUCCAGCUGCUGCAAGGAGCCGCCGAUAAGCAUGAAGGCCAUGGAACAGAUCAAGCGUAGCUCCAGCUGCUGCAAGGAGCCACCGAUAAGCAUGCUAUCACGCCAAUUCGUGGCUGCCAAGUACAAAGGGAUGUUUUCUUUCUUGAGUCAGAACCAACUUGCUUCUUGAGCAUAUGGCGGGGGCCUCCUGCGCUAUUCACAGGCGCGCUUCUGGUUAUCAGCAAAGCUUUCAUGUUGGAUGGUGUUUUGAUCUGUGAACUUUUGUUUGGACAUCAGUGGACAUGGUUUUGAAAAUUCUUUGGUUGACGUAUGCACGACCUUGAGAUUUUAACCUGUCUUUCCUUAUUAUUAAAAUAAAAACUGUUUUGCUCAUUUAUUUAUGUAAUAUAUAAGCAUGUUAUGUGUGUAAUUUCUGUAAUAAGCAUGCUAUGCGUGUGCAUUCUGUUUUCUGUUUUGAGUUUGGGCAUUAUUACAUCAGUUAAGCUGAUUCCUUCAUGCCCUGCAAAAAAAGAGCCGAUUCCUUCAUGGAUCAGAUAAUGACUGAAGUGAAGUAACACAUGGAGGGAUGUAUGUAACCCAUGGUAACAAUGUAUCUGUGGAUGUAACCACUUCCCCAGUGUAAAAUGAAAUACACAACAUUUCAGUAA